ACAUCAUUCACGGUGAAACCUCGAAGAGCGCGACUUGUCACGGCCCUUGACUUCGUACAACGAUCGACGUAGCCGAUAUAAUUGACCAAUGUAGCGGAUUGUCAAGUCUUUGAAAAAAAAAGAAGAAAAAAAAAAGAACAAGCAUGAAACCGGUAAAAAUGGCACAACGGUUCAUUAUCGCCAUCCACCACUCAGAACGAAUUUCAACCUUUGUCGCUCCUCUCCUCCUUUUUAGUCUUCUUUUUUUUUUUCACGGCGUGAGUCAGAGAUACGUUUCUUAGCACGAAAGUUCAGCCGUGGCGUAAUUAGCCGGUCUAUUUAUCGAGCAGUUUUCGAAAGGAAACCGUAAUACAAUCCAACUGUGGAAGGUUUGACGAUGAAAAGGCGCGAGCCGGCACUUUGAAGUUUCAGACCCCGCUGUUGCCCCGUUUGCAUAACACAAGCCCGUGCGCGCCACGAAGGAGGCAUGUAAUAACGGUAGCAUUUUCUCGAUUGUGUCAUCGCUUCUGAACCGUCGCGCAUAUCCUCCUGAUCUUCUUAGCCCUUCGUUGCGAGCCAGUCUUAAAUCCUCAGAUCCGCAACGAAUAAAAGAUCGCGGGAUCAAUCGAUAAGAUAUGACCUUGCAACAUCGUGGCUCGGGUAAUGUACUUGGUAAACGUGAAAGACAAGUGGAACACAAUGUGACGGGUGGUAGGUCUCGGCAAUGCGCGCAUUGGGACCACUGGGCCGCAGGAAGAGCUCGUUUUCAGAACAAACGAACCAGAAACGAUUAAUAAUAUAGCGUGCGUACGAGCAGAAAAAGCGAAAGUGGACGUCACGUGCAUGCGCGAACCUGCGUCUCUUUAAAGACUGAUCAUUAACCGCGAAGGGCGAAAUUUUCUAUCAGGUUACACAGGAAAUCGUAGGUGUUUCGGGGCGCAAUAGUCGGCUUUAAAUGCAUACAUCAUUCGAGGCUGAUUUGAUGUCUGUCAUAAGAAACGAGGCCUUAAAUUGCGCGCGUUUCGUAAGACAGAAUUUGCCAUUUGAGUUUUUUUUCGCUAUCUGCGUUAUCCGUGCGAUGCUGGCGAAAUAACUCUCCGUGUAAUAAGUUCCAUCGGUAUCGGAGGUAUUUCUCGAUUCAACGUAAUUGAGUGGAAGUAGAACGCAUCGACGCGUCGAAGAAGCGCGAUGGGUAGAUCGGAAAGAAACGGAGUGAGAAUAUGUGUAAACGAAAGGAGACCGUUUCGUGACGCCGACACGGAAAGGCAACGGUGUCGGAAUCGUGAAAUUGCACCAUUUGGGCAAUUAGCACGAGCACAGUAGGCCGCACGCGCCUACACCAGCUGACUCCCCGCUGUACAACAUGAAUGAGACAACGAGAGCACACUGUUACCGUCUAACAACUUUACCGUACUCAUUAUGAGGGGCACAAUGCCGUUGCAGCCGCGUCGGAUCUCCCGAGCGAAUCUAUGACCUCUGAAUUUGCAUUCUAGAUUUUGUCUCUCUUUGUAAUCAGCUGAAGCUUGAUUCCUUUUGUCGGGUCCUUCUUCGGUAGAUCUUACAACAACCUGAGUAGUAUUUCCGAAUGCAAAAACGGCGGAGAGUGCGUGAUCAAUAAGAAGAACCGGACGGCCUGCAAGGCCUGUCGUCUACGAAAAUGUUUGCUCGUGGGUAUGUCGAAAUCUGGCUCGCGAUACGGGCGCAGAUCGAACUGGUUCAAAAUCCAUUGUCUGCUGCAAGAACAGCAGCAACAGCAGCAACAGCAGCAGCAACACUAUCAGCAGAAUCUGCCCAACCAACCUCUAACGCAGCAACGAAAACCCAUGAGCCCACCAAUUGGAAUACAUCCAGGUCAACGAAAAGACGACGCGCUCAUGCUAGGUUUGGAUGACUACAAGAACUCGACUUCUCCUAGCAUCAGUUCUCCGGAAUCGCACAACAGCGACAGUUCCGUAGAAAUAUCGGAAAGAAGAGCAGCCUUCUCAGGACACCCAGGCUUCAGACCGUUACACUCACACCUGCAACCCUCCGUGGCCGACCUAUCGGCGCUCAGCAAAGAAAUGAUGAGUUUACCCCUUGGCUUUCACCUGAGUGGAAUGUCCUUGAUUCCACCAGCGUUUCUACCACCGCCAAGUCUCACCAUGUUCUCGCCCUAUCAUUUGUACGCGACGUCUCACGGAGCUCCUCACCCUUUGGUAUCGAACCAUUCAUCGACUCUGCUACGACACUCGCCUGUGAUCGAAGACACAACCAGUCCAAUCACAUCUGCAACGGCCAUCACGACUAGCACGACAAUUACCAUCGAUGGCAAAGACUCGUGUGGAAAUAAUAACAAUAAUCAUAGUAAUAACAACAACGACAGAUAUGCGCAUAAUAACAACGUCCAGACGUCGAGGCAAAGUUCCUCGCCGAACGAAGAAAGCGGGGAAACGUAUAGCAAAAGAUUCUAUCUGGAUGCAGUGUUGAAAAGUCAACGAGCACACCCGGAAGGAUCACCGAUGGUGAAGGAACAUUCUCGAAAUAAUUCGCCACUGUGUAAUGUAGGAUCGGAAACGGAGUGUCCUCCUCCUCAAGAUAAUCCCAUGGAUUUGUCCAUGAAAUCAGUCGCCACUUCUGUUAGAAACAAAGCGGAGGAAGACAAAACAGAUACCGAGAACGUGAGCGAUCGAGAUAGUCCUCCUGCGAAAAAGAGGUCAACGCCCAUAGAUCUAACGACGAGAUCUUAAACGAAAACUCAGAUUGAACCUAAACGGAAGAAUUACGUUCGGAAAAGUGGAUUGAAACAUCGUUUGUUCGCUGAAAGUCAAACGAAAUAAUUGGCUGCGAGCGUGGAAAAUAGUUAAUCGAGUGCCAAAUACGGCACGUGAGAAAGGGACGCGUGAUAUCGUAAUCAAUUACGCUCCCUUUUCCGUAAAUGGUUGAAUGUCAGUCAGGAAGACUCAGCGGGCGCUCUAUUGUCGAGCAAAUUUCCCAGAAUCGUACAUUAUCUUUAAUUGCGUUCGCCGGUCAAGCAGGAAUUACCGGAUUGGGCUGUGAUCACGGAGACAAAUCAUUCGCGCCGAAUAGUUAAACGCAAUUCGCAGCGAGUCUGUAAUCCCGCAUAAAUAUCCACGGCGGCUGAAAGAAUGAAGGAUUAACGUCUCAAUUCCGGGUAAUCACGGCGAGGAUCGCGAGUCGCCGAUCGAUGGCUGGUUGCGCAAAAGCCAAUCGACUUUAACGAGAGUCCUCCGCUUUAAUUAACGAGCGCGCGCGCGCGCGCUCCUACGGUAAUCACGUGAGAUAAAGAAGGACAAAGAGAAGGAGAGACAAGAUGGUAAAGAGAAAAAGAAGAAAAGAGCUGAAGAACCUGGUGCUGACGCGUUUGCAGAACCAGGAGAGCAACGACGGAGUGCAACCGUGGUGCAUCGAUUGAUAAACACGUCAAACUGCAGGGUGCACGUGUUCGGAACGUGCGUUACAAACCGACGUACACGUGUAGAACGUUGCCAACCGCUUUAUCUUACAAGCGUUCGACGCCUGCCAAUGUAAACGCCUCCGUCGCUGCCGCUUUGCCGCCUCUUCUUUGCUUUUGUCCCGCACCUAUUCAUACAUUCUCGCGUCUGAAGAAUCUCCGUGAUAUGAGAAUCGUACUCGCGACGGGCCUUGUUCGCCGGAUGUCCAUGACGAGUCCGGCGAACAUAGCUUGCCAGAAAAUUUCGGUGAAAUACCUGCGCCUUUUACCACGAUCGAGGGAUCCUGCUCUCGCUGAAACCACGUGGACGAUACUUUUCCAGCCUGAGUUGCUCGAACACAGAUUUGCUUUUAGUAAGACAUUAGGUCGUGCGCGAUUUACGUCACGUCGCUCGAAAUACUGUUUUUUUUUUUUAAUCCUCUGGAGGUGCUUGUGUGUCGGGUCGGCCUUCCGAGGGAAAUUUUCACAGGCCCGACCGUAACAAUAUUUCGAAACAACGAGGAAUACUACGUAUUUGAAGUUCGUCGGGCAUUCGAACGAGAUAAAUGAAAUCGUAAACAAUCGUAUGCAGAGAGUACAUAAAUAUAAUUGAAACGAUUGCGUUUCGUUCGUUAAGCUCGAACGGUACAACGAAGAAAUAUUAUUAACAAUUUUCUACCCUUAUGCUUCGUUAGAUACUUGUUAUCGAUGGUUAUGAGAGUAGUCAAUAAAUGGCCAGUAUUUCGUUCAGUGGUUAAUAUUAUUGAUUGUAUUGCAAUUCCGAACACGUGCAAUUAUAGAAAUAUUUUAUUUAAUUGAUACCUAAGUCUGUACAUGGGUACAUGUAAUUCUAUUUACCGAAGUUAGAAGAUAAGGCGGUAACGAAAGUGUAAAUAAUAGUUAGGCAAGGUUUGCGUGAACGGGACCCGGGCCAGUAAGUACUUACUUGUAUAUAGCUAGUAGAUGAUAGUGACUAACGAAUUACAAUGCUCGAAAUAAUUAGAAAAAUGUGAUCAGACAUUACUAUGAUAGUAAAAGAUACUAUAUAUAUAUUCCAAAUUACAAAGAGUAUCGGUUACCAUAUUCUAUUAAAUAAUGACCUAAUUAAUUUGAGCAGUGUAUUUCACGAAUUUAAACAAUUAUAUAAAUCAUUCUUCAUUGAAACAAAUGAAUUGUGAAUGAGUUAUAAUAUACUUAACACAAUUCUCAACGACAACGUUACAAAAACCAAUACAAAGCCAUGCUAUUUCACAAGUAAAGUACAAAUAUAUGAAUCCCUGGGCCCUCAUAUUUGUAAAUAUAAAUUACUUUUAAAAACUAUAGUAUUGCAGUUCCAAUAUCUAGCGACCUAGAUUGAUGAACUGAACAAUUUUUAUCAAAAAAUACUUUUUUUUUUAGCAAUGUUGACGAAAAAAUACUUAUUUUGUUGAUCAAUGAACACUCCUUCAACUGAUUUUGCGAUAUUUGUAACGCAUUAAAUAAUAGAAUUAGCGAUUUCUUAGAAUUACAAACACCACUCACUGCCACAUCAAACUAGUUAAAACAUUAAAAUAAAACGAGCUAUUGUACAGAAUGCUAUGGUACAAACAAAUGCAAAUGAUAACGUUAACAAAAAAAGUUAAAGGAUUGUUACAAAUAUACAAUUGAUUAAUCGAA